UGCUGCCCGUGAUCUCUGUCACACACGGUAGCUGACAGUUUUUUUAAAAAAAAAAACAUUUUUUGUGAUGGCGGAGGACAGUGAAUCCGCAGCCAGUCAGCAGAGCCUGGAGCUGGACGACCAGGACACCUGCGGGAUAGACGGAGACAACGAGGAGGAGAAUGAGCACAUGCAGGGGAGUCCAGGGGGAGAUUUGGGGGCCAAGAGGAAGAAGAAGAAGCAGAAGAGGAAGAAAGAGAAGCCAAGCUCAGGGGGAGCCAAGUCUGACUCUGCCUCCGACUCUCAGGAGAUAAAGAACCCAGGCUUACCCAUUCAGAAACUGCAGGACAUCCAAAGAGCCAUGGAGCUGCUGUCCUGCCAGGGACCAGCAAAGAGCAUCGAUGAGGCAGCCAAGCACAAGUACCAGUUCUGGGACACUCAGCCCGUGCCGAAGCUCAAUGAGGUGGUGACGAGUCACGGGCCGAUAGAAGCAGACAAAGAAAACAUUAGACAGGAGCCAUAUUCUUUACCUCAAGGCUUUAUGUGGGACACUCUGGAUCUCAGCAAUGCAGAUGUACUGAAAGAGUUGUACACGUUGUUAAAUGAAAAUUAUGUGGAAGACGACGACAACAUGUUCAGAUUUGAUUAUUCGCCAAACUUUCUCAAAUGGGCUCUGCGUCCCCCUGGCUGGUUACCACAGUGGCAUUGUGGAGUGAGAGUGUCCUCAAAUAAGAAGCUUGUUGGCUUCAUCAGUGCCAUCCCUGCAGAUAUACGCAUCUAUGACACACUCAAGAGGAUGGUUGAAAUCAACUUCCUGUGUGUCCAUAAGAAGCUGCGUUCAAAGCGCGUCGCUCCAGUGCUAAUCAGAGAGAUCACACGGAGAGUUAACUUAGAAGGGAUAUUUCAGGCAGUUUACACAGCAGGAGUGGUGCUGCCUAAACCUGUGUCCACAUGCAGGUAUUGGCAUCGUUCUUUGAACCCCAGAAAGCUUGUGGAAGUUAAAUUUUCCCACCUGAGCAGAAACAUGACCCUGCAAAGAACCAUGAAACUCUACAGAUUACCAGAUAGCACCAAGACCCCAGGUCUGCGGCCGAUGGACAGGCGUGACAUCCCCCAGGUCACAGAGCUGCUACAGAAAUUCCUGAGACGUUUCCAGCUUGCACCUUCUAUGGGAGAGGAGGAGGUGGCUCACUGGUUCUUGCCACAGGACAACAUAAUUGACACAUUUGUAGUAGAGGGUGCCGGUGGUGUCCUGACAGAUUUCACUAGUUUCUACACUCUGCCCUCGACGGUGAUGCAUCACCCUCUCCAUAGGAGCCUGAAGGCCGCUUACUCUUUUUACAACGUUCAUACACAAACGCCACUACUGGACUUAAUGAAUGAUGCACUGAUCCUGGCCAAGCUGAAAGGUUUUGAUGUGUUCAAUGCCUUGGAUCUAAUGGAGAAUAAGGUGUUCCUGGAGAAGCUCAAGUUCGGCAUAGGAGAUGGAAAUCUGCAGUAUUACCUUUACAACUGGAAAUGUCCUCCUAUGGACCCUGAUAAGGUUGGCCUCGUCCUUCAGUAGCAGGCCUCUUCACGGCUGCUACACAAACACUGAUCAGGAGGUCGUAACCUUUGACCUCUGGCUAUUCCUUACCUGGACAUACAGGUAGCCCAAGCUAGACAAUGAGAACCACAACAGUAAAACCGACCUGGAGGCUGGGAGACGGUUCAAGAACAUUCUCAGUUCACCUGGAGGUGAAAACUCUUAAAUCAUCAACAUCCUGAAUGUGAAGUCAUGCUAUGCCUGAGAUACUCAUACAGUACAACGCUCCUGACAUGCACACUCACAUUUUAAAACAUACCAGUUUGACAUACAAGAGGAUGCCUUGACAUUGUGACUUUUGUUUAGUUCUUCUUCCUCAGCAGACGCCUCGUCACGGGGGACUGGCAUGUUGUUUAAUUUCACAUUGAACUAUGUAAAUGAUAAUCAACAAGCAAACAUGACCACAGAACAAUAAGUUAUUGUGUCCCACUGCAGCGGCGGUACAAGAGGGUCUUAAAGGCAUUUAACGAGAUAUUAUUCCCAUCUCUUCAUAUCGUCACGGUCAGACAUUUCUCUGGCGGCUGUUUCGGGCCUCAGUAGAAUUAGAAAUGCUAAGAAUGUGUUUCUGUGAUAGCUGACAUAUAAAAGCAUUUAGGAGAAAAAUAUCUUAACUUUUCACACUCACACUGUCAAGUAAUACACACACAUACACACAAAAAGGAAUAUCUUCAUGAAAGGACUCAUCCAAUUGGUGCAUUGAUAUACAUGUUUUUUUUUGUUAAAAAUAUAUAGUACCUGUACAUUUAAAGCCAGAUCAUAUUUAUUCCUGUAGUGUGAGUUUGGGGGUCGGGAGGGCUGAUCCAAAGUAUUUUCCUCAUAGGUAGUGUAGAUGUCACUGAGUUUGUCUGACAACGUGGGUUUUAAGUGGUUUUUGAUGAAGAAUGUAUUGCAUCAAUGAAGCACAAUUUUUGAGUUCCUAAACAAGCAAAGGGGUUCUUUUUCUUUUUCUUUUUUUUCUCUUUUUUUUAAGGGGUCAGAUUUCAAAAUAGAUGGGUUGCGGUACAAACUGUACAACUGUUUAUUUUUACAGGAUGUGAGCCGUGUUCAUGCUACAAAGCUGUUUCUGGAUUUUUAGUGGAACAUCUAAACCACGUGUUGCUCGGUUGUGGUCACACUGAUACGCUCAUGCUCAGUUAUCUGCAUGUGCACGAUGUGUUUGGUUAGCGGGCCUGUUGAAUAAAAGGCAAAAAUUACAGUAGCUGGAAAAACUAAAGAUGACAUGCAAGCAGGGCGGUGAGUUACAGCACCAAAUUCUGGAAAACGCAAAUCCCAAUUAAAUUCUAACCUGGGUGGAUUUGAAUAAGAUUUUGUGCAAAAAAAAAUCAAAAAUCAGAAUAGUCAGGGUUUCUGUGUUGAGACAGUUUCAUAGUGUAAAAAUGGCUUAACUACUUUUAAAGAGUAAUGUUCUCAAUUGAGUCUCCUUUAAAGAAAUACUUCAUCCGCAAAGUGACUAUCAUGCAUACCAGUUACUUACUGCGUUGCGUUAUAUUUGUGAAGACUUUUUUUUUUUUCUGGCAUGCCUCUACAGUGAAGGGAGAAUCUAAAAAAUGCAAACAUUUUUGAUGAAUUAACUAAAUAGGGACCAUGUUUAACAACAGCAAAACGAUAUAAAAACAUCAGUUUGCAAACUUGCACAACUGAUAUGGUGUAAUUCAAGUCUUAUCUAGUCGUAAGCUCAGCACUUCCAAAACGUGUUUUCACACAAAAACAUCACAAUAUAAAACACUUUGGCCUACAAAUAGCAGGCCUUGAGCUUGUGUAUCAGCUCCUCUUGAUCAGAGAACUCGGCCACGCAAGAGACUGUUGGUACCAACGUGCUUUGAAUCCUAAUGUUUUAUCAAAAAUGUUUUUAUUUUUGGGAAAACUGGGCAUACAACUGGAUAAAUGAGUCUCAUAAUAUACUGAACGAGUUGUGUAAGUGUUUAUUAGUAGAUGUUUUGCACGGUGGUGUAGUGGUUAGCACUGUCACCUCACUGCAAGAGGGUCCCCGGUUCAAACCCGGGCUGGGGCGAUGUUUGGACCUCGGUUGGGGGGGGGCCCUCUGUGUGGAGUUUGCGUGUUCUCCCUGUAUCAGCGUAGGUUUUCUCCGGGUUCUCCGGCUUCCUCCCGCAUUUCAAAGACAUGCAGGUCAGGUUAACUGGUGACUCUAAAUUGCCCGUCGGUGUAAAUGUGAGUGUGAAUGGUUGUCUGUGACCCUUACGAGGACUAGCGGUCAUGAAAAAUGAAUGUUUCGAUGUAGUUUUGCUGUUAAACUUGGACCCUGUUUACCUUGAUCAUAAGGAAUGUUUGCCUUUUUGGAUUCUUCGUUCACAUGCGAGAAAAACAAUGUUUUCUUCACAAAUCUGAGGUAAAGCUGUAAUAACUGAUGAAGAAAUGGUAAUUUAAAGCAGUUAAGGGCAGUUUCUUUUGCUCUAUUCUUUUUUCUGUUGCUUCUUACUUUCAGUAGGCGGUUACAAAGCGGUUAAUAAGACGCCCCUGUAAAGCAGCUCACAACACUCAACCUUUGAACUUUAACCUUCAGUAGCGUUCACAAGUGGUAUUAUUCUUAGUGCCACUGUCACAACCAGACCACUUUACAUUUUCUUCAGAGCCGAAAAAGAGCUUUCUGGGGAUAGUAGCUACACAUUGAUACUCUGCUAACUGGAGAUAGCUAUUGAUAGCUACAAAGGGAAAAAAAAGUGCUGUCCUCUCCCUGUUUUGGUUGCUCAAUGGUUAAUGUACUUCCUUUGUGCUGUGCAUCGAUCCUUCAUUUUUCCCGGGUGUUCGUACCCGGUGACAGACAGAAUUGCAUUGUGAAAGCAGGACUUGUUCUGUAGUCACUGUAGCCAAAAUGUUAUCUGUUUCCUCUUUAAUGCAAACCUUCCCAUCAGCUCAGUCCCUGCAGUAGGAUGUUAAAUGUGCUCUUAAACAACAUUCAGAGUGUCCGGGGAAUAAUUUAACAGCAUGUAUUCAGAGAACAGAGACUGAACAAACAAGCCUGUAUCAGUAACCGCAUUAGUUUGAAAUUUGAGCUUUUCCGUUUUUGUUUUUCCCCCCAAGGUCCAUUUUUAUUAACGCCUCUGGUGUUAUGUUUUUUUAAAACGGUACUGUAUUUGUGUGUCUGAAAAUAUACUGUGGGUCAUUUUUUUAGUGUGUCGUGCAGCUAAAUGAAAUUCUUUUAACGGUUAUAUUUAUACUUGUACUUUGCAAAAUGUCUUAAGACAAUUUCUGUUCUUUUUCUGUCCAGUAUUAACAGAAUUUUUCCAGGUAAAUAGGUCAAACUGGCGUUUUUCUUGUUCUCGACUGAGCGAGGAGAUCUUUGAUUUGUCAGACCACUUGUUCUGUGGUGGAGCUGCUGGUGAUCUCAGAGGUUUGAAAAAUGUUUUCAGAAUUGUUUUCUGAGUUUGUUACUUUGUGUUUGAUAAUCCUGUUCAUGCAGCUCUGCAUAACUCAAGAGGUAAAGGCUGCUGCCGUUUUUGUCGUUACUUUUUCUGUAUGUGAUGUAAUUUUCUUCUCAUCCCUUUAUAUAUUGGCAAGACAAGGACGACCAGUGGACAGUCAGUGCUUCGGGGCUUUUUUUUUUUUUUUUUUACCAUUGAAAGCUGGGUUAUUGAGUCAGCGGUGUGCCUCAUGGAUGUUGGUUGUGUCACAGAUGUGUUGCCUGCAGCUGUUUGAAUGAGCAUGUCAGUUUUGCUGCUGUGAUGAUUUUUAGCGUCAAUGUUAACUAGCCACACCCUUUAGUGAGAACUCAACCCGAAGUACCUGCCUUAUUUAAAAGAUUUUGGGGGUGGGUAGGGGGGGUGUAACUUUUGAAACGACAUACAGCUUUCUCAAACUGAAGAACAAUAUUUUUAUUCAAAUCCAUUGUAAGCUGUGAAAAAGCUGAAGAACUUGUACCAGCAUCAUUUAGACAUGACCCCCAUGCAAAUAACAAUCUGUUUCAACACACACGUCAGCUAUACCAGCAUGGAUAUUUGAUUGAAUAAACUCACUUUAAAAAGGGA